CACUGUAGUACGGUAUCUGUAUACCGUAUCUCAGAGUAGAUGUUCGAACUCAUCGAAUCGUGUGUUGACACCGUUCGGGCCCAUGGCGCAACCUUAUAUUAGAAGUAUGAAUGAAUGAAUGAAUGAAUUGAUCAGUCACGAGUCGGCCAGUUGAAUGUCAGCUUUCUCUUCUGAACAGCAACUUUAAGUAAGACGGAUCACGAGAAGAGUAGAAGUGUGCCACAAUUGGUCCCACUCUUUCGGAUCAGCAAGUUUUCUCCACCUUCAUGUGGCUUUUGGCCGUAAGCAGCGUUGGGAAUGUCUGGAAAAGUGAGAAAUCAAGGCCACCGGCAGACAUGAGAAUGGCAUACAAUGUGCUUUCAUUUGGACUUUUCGUUGUUGUAGCUUACGGGAUCCUGCAAUUGAGUCGGAGACGAAAGAGGAUGGAAGAAGCUGCGCAGCCGAUCCUGAGUGUAGAGGAGGUUGAUAGGAUCUCGUCUGAGACGUCACCAAUGCAAGAGUCAGUUGCGUCCAAAGUAGAGUCAAAGAUUCAGAGCGAGGUCAGUUCUGGCAGCAAGGAAGGGACUCCCUCUAUGUCUGCCAUCAGCGAUGUUCUAGAAGAAACACGCCCCGCUACUGGCACGCUGGAAUCUGUAAACAAUAGUUGGCCUCUGGACGAGCAUGGUGAUCAGGGGGAGGCUGACGGGCCCCAACCUACAGAACCGCCCAAUGAGAUCAGCUCAGUUGAGCGAAAACGAGUCAGGUUUUCCAGUGAUACGCCUUUUGAUUACUCAAAGACGGCAGAAAGGGUUCCGCGUCGCAAGCCGGAAGAUGGUGCGAGUCCGGAGGACAGACCUGAAGGGGAGACCAGACAAGACGGGUCCUUUUACACCGACGGCUCUGUGUGCAACGUCCAAGUCAUGUCGGGACCUUCCUCAGGCUCAAAAGUCACAUGGCCUGCAGUUCGAACGGCUGCGAAGCCAUACAGUGUGGGUCGAAUCCCAGAGAAUGACUUGGUGGUCAAUGAUCCUGAAGUGUCGGGCCGCCAUGCAACAAUGGCUUGGAAUAGACAGUCCGGGCGCUGGCACCUGGUCGACGAGGGCAGCCUGAACGGCACCUUUGUGAACCGCGCCCCAGUGGGGUUGUCCGGAACCGGCGUCCGCAGGCGCAGCGGCCCUGUGGCACUCUCGGACGGUGACGUCAUCACCUUCGGGUCCAGCAGUACGGCGGAGGUCAGCCUAGCUGAGGCGCCGAGCUCCAGUGGGCGCACGUUGGGAGAGGGGGGGCCGUUUUCGGUGGGGGUCGCAUCGGAUCCCAUGGCGGCCCGGAGGGGAAAACCGCUCCCGAUGGAGGAUGUACCGCUGUGGCAGUGGCCAUUGUCCGGGGCGGAUGACGUGGGCGUCUUCUGCAUAUUUGAUGGGCACUGUGGGCGAGGGGCGGCAGACGCUGCGAGCAAGCUGCUUCCGUCGCACCUCUCGCGGCUGCUCUCGGAGCCGUCCGCUCGGCAGGCGGUGGUGGAAGGGGGCGAUGCGGCCGGCGUCCUGCGGGAAGCGUUCGCAGCCACGGAGGCGGAGCUCACCAUGGAGGACGAGGGAUGCACGGCUACUGUGCUCCUCGCUUGGAAGGGCCAGGAUUCCGCGACUUUCUUUGUACAGUGCGCAAAUGUAGGCGACUCGCAUUGCUUCCUCAGUGUUCGGGAUAAGGUGCUCCAGCUGACUGAAGAUCACCGAGUAGUUAACCCCAUGGAGAGGAACCGACUGUCGGAUGCGGGCUUCAAGCUCGGGGAAGGGGACACCAGGUUAUGCGGCAUGAACAUCGCGCGCGCGCUGGGCGACAAGUUCCUCAAGGGCCAGAACGUGGGCCUCUCUGCGCACCCCCACGUCAGCAGGGUGCAUCACGUGACGCCCGACACGCGGGCCAGCCUCGUCAUGGCCAGCGACGGACUGUGGGACGUUAUGAGCGGCAAGCGCGCCCUGCAGCUGAUAGCGGAGGUUAGAGCAGCCCGUCAAAGGGCACCGGACGCUGUCGACGCCGCGAGCACCGCGCAGCAGGCUGCUGAGACGCUAGUGAUGCGGGCGAGGAUGGCCAAAGCCCAGGACAACGUCACAGCAUUAGCAAUAGGAUUCUUUGCCGACGCGUCUCUUGUAGAGCAGGGGAGUCUGCCUCGAUAACCAGGGCUCCACAAAACAGCGGAUGUCUUGUACCUCACGAGACGCCGUGACUGGGUGCAUCUUCGCACCUGGAAGCUGUACCAUAUGCAAUCCCAGAUUGACUCGGGUCGUUUUGGCUGAUUUUACGUGCACUUAGGCGAGAACUUAACGGCCUCAUGGCUGCGGGCUUGUAUUGCUAAAGUACAGGCUUUGUUCGAAUCAAACAACCACAUCACGAC